AUGGCGAAGGAUGGGGGCCCCGACUGGAACGGCCUGUUCAAGUGGAGCAUCGCCCACGGAGACGGCACCAAACCGCCGCGUGCUCUCAGCGAGGAAGACAGAAAAUGGUUCAUGGAGGCUAUGCAAGCCAACACGAUUGAUGUCGUGAAGAGGAUGAAGGAGAUCACUCAGGUGAUGAAAACUCCAGAAGAUGUCUUGCAGUCUCAGGGUGUGACCCCAGAGAACAUUGAAGAUAUGUUGGAUGAGCUACAGGAGCACGUUGAAUCCAUUGACAUGGCAAAUGAUCUACAUUCUAUUGGUGGGCUGGAUCCUCUGCUUGGUUACUUGAAAAAUUCAAAUGCUGGCAUCCGAGCAAAGGCAGCAGAAGUUGUUAGUACAAUUGUGCAGAAUAAUCCCAAGAGUCAGCAACUUGUCAUGGAAUCCAAUGGACUCGAGCCACUGUUGACGAACUUCAAAUCAGACCCAAGUACAAAUGCACGCACAAAAGCUUUAGGAGCCAUAUCUUCUCUAAUUCGUCAUAACCAGCCCGGAAUUUCCGCAUUUCGCCUGGGAAAUGGCUAUGCUGGAUUGAAGGAUGCUCUUGGUUCUGAUGAUGCCAGACUUCAAAGGAAAGCUCUCAAUCUCAUACAAUACCUGCUGCACAACAACAAGGCAGACAGGAGUGUUGCUACGGAGCUUGGUCUUCCAAAGCUGGUGAUUCACCUUGCGUCCAGUGAUGAUUCCUUGGUGCGCGAAGCUGCUCUAAGCGGCCUCCUUGAGUUGGCACAGGACAAGACAGCUGGUAACGCUCUUCCUGACCAAGACAAGCUGAAAGAUAUCCUCAAGAGCCGAAUCGACAGAAUCAGCGCCAUGGACUCUGACGAUCUCCAUGCCGCUCGCGAGGAGCGGCAUCUGGUGGACUCGCUCUGGAAGGAGUGCUAUAACGAGCCUUCGUCUCUCAGGGAGAAGGGCCUCGUUGUGCUUCCUGGAGAGGAUGCGCCCCAACAGCUGCCACCAGAUGUUGCAGGAAAGAUGUUUGAACCGCCACUUCGCGCGUGGGCAGCCGCAAGACCUGCUCAGGAAGACGAUUCUGAUUCUGGCAGCGGAAAGAAGGAUCCGCCAUUGAUGCUUAAGUUUUGA